AUGAUAUUCUUGCUGGUUGUGUAUUGUGGAAUAACAACUGUAAUUGUUUCACAUCCAAUAGAAACAAUAUUAAUCCAACGAAAAAUCAAUUCAUCUAAAGUUUAUCGAAAUACCUUUCAUCCUCUUCAAUUGAUAUAUCAACGUCAACGUAUAAUCAAUGAAUUUGUUCUAUCUUUUCUUGAAACUCCAAUUGGUCUUAUAUUUGAACAAAUUCAUGAAAAUUUAAAUCGUCAACAGACACAUGAUUUUUGA